UCCCUCCCCCCGCGCUCCCCGGGCACUUUCGCUUUCGCGUCUCCCGAGCUGCGCCACGGCCGCGAUCGGGGACGGCUGCGAUGGCUGCAGCGCUGGGGCUGGGGCUGCUCUGGGGGCUCCUGGGGCUCCUGGGGAACCCGGGGGGCGCGACCAAAGUUCUCCACUCCCUGCGUUACCUGUACGUGGCAGUGUCAGAGCCCAGCCCGGGGAUCCCCCAGUUCAUGUCCACUGGGUACCUGGAUGGGAUCCCCUUCAUGCGCUACGACAGCGAGCGGGGCCGCAUGGAGCCGCUGACGCAGUGGAUAAAGGAUGGAGUCGAGCAGGAAUAUUGGGAGAAGCAGACCCAGAUCUGUGAGAAGAAUCAGCAUGUGGCUGCCAGGAACCUGGAUACACUGCAGGAACGGUACAACCAGAGCGGGGGUCUCCACACGAGGUUGCGAGUUUAUGGCUGUGACCUGCUGUCCGAUGGGAGCGUCCGUGGAUUCAGUCAGGAUGGCUACGACGGGCGGGAUUUCAUCUCCUUUGACCUGGAAUCCGGGAGAUUCGUGGCAGCCGACAGUGGUGCUGAGAUCACCAGGAGACACUGGGAGGGGACCGUGGCUGAGGCACGGAUGAAUUACCUGAAGCAUACCUGCCCAGAAUGGCUCCGGAAAUAUGUCAGAUGUGGGCAGAAGGAGCUGGAGCGCAAAGAGCCCCCUGAUGUCCAUGUGUCUGGAAAAGAGGAACACGGGACGCUGAUCCUGUCCUGUCACGCGUACGGAUUCUACCCCAGCACCAUCGCAGUCAGCUGGAUGAAGGGGGAUGAUACCUUGGAUCAGGGGCCGGAGUGGGGCGGGAUCGUUCCCAACAGCGACGGCACCUUCCACACCUGGGCCAGGAUCGAGGCGCUGCCGGAGGAGCGGGAGCUGUACCGGUGCAGGGUGGAUCAUCCUGGAAUGCUGGAGCCCGGGAUCUUCGCAUGGGAGCCGACAUCUGGUGGGAAUCUCACCGUGGUGGUCGCUGUGUCCGUCAUCGCUGCCAUCCUCAUCCUCACCGUCCUCAUCGGAUUCGCUGUCUGGAGGCUCCAGUCUGGGAGGAGGGACAGGAAAGGAUACAGCCCGGCAGCCGGAAAGGACGUGGGAACCAACGGCUUGACCACAGGAAUCACCGCCUGAGCAAUCCACAGAGCUGGAUCUAGCCCCUUCCCUCUUCCCAGGAAAGCUGAGAGCUGCCAGCAGAGCUCAUCCCGCUGCUCUCACCCACAGCUCUUGCUAAUGGAUCAGAGCUCAUCCCACUGCUCCCACCCACCCCACAGCUCUUGCUAACGGAUCAGUUUCCUGUUUUCCAGUGUUUUGAAGGCAAGAACCACAAAUAUUCCCAAUGCUUCACUUCUGGUGUGAAAUUAUCCUGCUUUGGGCAAUAAAUUCAGGUUCCCUCCUCCAGUGUCUGGC